CAUCAAUACUCCAAUUUCUCUUGAGAAACUCAAGAAAACUUCACUUCUGUCCACCAUCCACUCAUCCAAGAUAUAGAGCCUCGAGCCUCACGCCCGUCCCCAUACCAUUUUAUAAAGUAAAACCACUUCCUGUUUCCUGUUUUACAAAUCCGCUACUUGUCCUUCUAUAAAAUAACACACCCACGCCUGCUUCAAAACACUAGACGAAGCUUGAUAUAUUUCUCUCACUUCAAUCUGUAAUUUCUGUUCCCCCAAUAUAUCGGAAGACCCCAGAAAUGAGUUAUUUGAACCGGGUUUGGAUGGCAGCUACCGUGGCUGCAGUUGGAUACCCUGAUCAAGGGUGGAAAUCCAGCUUAAAAUCACUGCACCAUGGCAAGAGGAGGGUGUUCUCUGGCGGAGAUGUGGUGGAGAUCCGGCCACUUGCUGCUGCUUCUGUCGGAUCGGAUUGUAUUGGUCUUGGAGGUUGUGGAUCGGAAGGGGGAGUGAGGCAGAACGAUGAGUCUCUCCGACAAGUCAUGUACUUGAAUUGCUGGGGCCAGGGGUAACCAGGGUGAGAAGGUCGCGGUGACCGAGUGACUCAGUGAUGAGUUUCAGAGUCCAAGGUGAUUGACUAGGUGGUGUUCUUUAGCCGAUCAACUCAGCGGUGUGUUGGCCUGCAGCCUGGGGGAUUUGGCCAGAGUUGACCAGAUAGUGGAUUGUGAUCGAUUGACCCAGCAGUGAGUUGUAGAGUCCGAGGCAAGUGACCAGGUGGUGAGUUGUGGAAUCAACGUUGAGAGGGGAUUGACUUUACAUUGUGAAUUUAUUGCGGGGAUGAGGAGAUGAUGGAAAAAAAAUUAAUGUGAAUUUGUACAGAAACAAAAUGUUAAAAAUAAUAUUGCACUGUUUUUGUCUUA